UGGCCAUGUAUUGUCGGAACAUAGUCGGUAAUUGUUCCACACUGACAACCGAGAUGACAAUAAUUUAAGCACAACUUAAUGUAUUUCUCCAUUGCCUCUUUCUGCGGACCCAAACAAGCUUUUGAGUGUUUAUUAAAAAGCUGGGUUCCUCGGGGCCUGUAGGUCAACAUGGCGUGUUGCCUGAGCGAGGAGGCGAAAGAACAGAAAAGAAUCAAUCAAGAGAUCGAAAGGCAACUCAGGAAAGACAAACGGGAUGCUCGAAGGGAACUCAAAUUGUUGCUGUUAGGCACUGGUGAAUCUGGCAAGAGCACUUUUAUAAAACAGAUGAGAAUAAUUCAUGGAUCUGGCUACUCAGAUGAAGACAAGAAGGGUUUCAUCAAGCUGGUGUACCAGAAUGUAUUCAUGGCAAUGCAAAGUAUGAUCAAAGCAAUGGAUAUGCUGAAGAUACCUUACAAAGAUGGUCGUAAUACGGAUCAUGCAGAGCUUGUCAGACUGGUAGAUUACGAGACUGUCACUACAUUUGAGGGUCCUUAUGUGACUGCCAUCAAGUCGCUGUGGAACGAUUCUGGCAUUCAAGAGUGUUAUGAUCGCAGGAGAGAAUACCAGUUGACGGAUUCUGCCAAAUACUAUCUCACAGAUAUUGACAGGCUGGCAGCAACAGACUACUUACCCACUCAACAAGACAUCCUCCGGGUCAGAGUACCCACAACAGGCAUCAUAGAAUACCCUUUUGACCUUGAUUCCAUCAUUUUCAGAAUGGUUGACGUUGGUGGCCAAAGAUCUGAAAGAAGGAAGUGGAUUCACUGUUUUGAAAACGUGACAUCUAUAAUCUUCCUUGUAGCACUAAGUGAAUAUGACCAAAUUCUGUUUGAAUCUGAUAAUGAGAAUCGAAUGGAAGAAAGUAAAGCUUUAUUUAAAACGAUUAUUACAUAUCCAUGGUUCCAGAAUUCUUCUGUCAUAUUGUUUCUUAACAAAAAAGAUUUACUGGAAGAAAAAAUAAUGUAUUCUCACUUGGUGGAUUACUUCCCAGAAUAUGAUGGACCAAAGAAAGAUGCAAUUCAUGCAAGAGAGUUUAUCCUGAAAAUGUUUGUUGAUCUAAAUCCUGAUAGUGAGAAAAUUAUUUAUUCACACUUCACUUGUGCUACAGACACGGAAAACAUCAGGUUCGUGUUUGCUGCAGUUAAGGACACCAUUCUCCAGUUGAACUUGAAGGAAUACAACUUGGUGUGAGAGGAUGCCGUUUUUCAUCAGUGGCUUACGGACGCUCUCUCCAGCCCGGUUCAGAAAAGAGGAGGGAAGAGCUGUUCCCAUUUUCUCACCUUUUCUAAAAGCAAGAAAAAGCCACUCACUUCUGUGUCUGUGUGCAGUUCUGUUGCACGUGCACCUUCAGUUCACACUGCACAGUAUUUUCUAUAUUCGAACGAAACCGGGCGGCUGAACCGAGUCGUCAGAGUCGGCGACUUUUAUCGAAUCAUCGGGCAUGCAUUUUUUCCGGAUUCGUGUGGCACGGGAGAGUGCCGAAUUUAAGUUUGGUAAAGGAAUUUUACAGCAAGUGCUUUAUAUAUAUGUAUACAAACACGCCCAUGUAUGGACAUUUGCCCGGAAUCCGUACUCACACACGAAUGUGUAUAUAUAUGUAAAGUAAAAUUUUUUUGCCAAAGAAAUGGCGAUGCCGCCGUGUGUUCGCCACCGCGAAAGGAAGGGGUGGGGUUUUCCAAAUGAUCGCGUGGCACAUUUUCCCUUUCUCUUUUUAUGUAGGCCGUCUGUUCCCGAAUAGGGUUCCUGUCGGGUUUCCGAGAGGGGCGAAGCCCGUCGUUGAAAUCCCGACGACAUCUAUAAAAACGCAUCCUGUCCUUUCAUGCUUGCUGCACUGCCACGAUGUCGUCAUAUUAGAUGUAAAUCAAACUUUUCAUCUUUGGGAAAUGGACUGAUCUGGCCGUCUCGGGCUUUCUUUUUUAUCUUAUCAGAAUAGAUGUUUGCCGUUGUCUCGAAUGUUUCUGCACAUUGAAUGAUCUGCAGAUUCUUGUUGAUAUGUUUUCUUCUUUACUUGACAUGCAUCAUGAGAAAUGCCAGUCACCCGUCGUGAAGGACAAGGGUGUGCUUGUGUGAGGGUUAGGGAACAGACGGUAUAAGAGAACUCCCCUUUUGUUGCUUGUUCAUGUGUUAGCUACCGACAAGUCACAGGCCCGAUACUUUUUGACUAGUCACUGUUUGUAAAUAUGUUGUGUAUCGUAGUAUUGCCUGAUGAGCUUGUUUUCCUGCAGCCACAAAGGUAUUAUUUUUCAUUUGUGCCAAUUGGAAGGGAGACCACUUCUGAAACAAAGCUUUAAUACCGAGUCUCAUUGUUCAUAUGUACAGAGUUGUUUUAUUCUAUUUUUGUUUAUAUGCUGCUGUAUAUUUUUAUUACCUGUUACACCAUUCUUUCUGUUUUCUUUUUUUUUACUUCUAUGUUGACAUGUGUUUAUAAGAUUUUUAAGAAGUGAUUAAAUUCAUACACCACCAGCCUUUUGCUUUGCACAUUCGUACUUAAUCAUUUCUCAUGCGUUCCAAAGGUGCUUCACUCUUCCUCAGGGCUUGUUUGUUAAUCUGGAAAGUCUCCUUUCCAUCGAGAGAGAUUCAGUCCUGCUCUACGUGUGAUUUUCUUCCUUGGGCAUUGGAGAUCGUCGCACGAGGCCGAUUUCGGGUGAAGGUCUCCGAGAUUCGAGUGAUGGAUGUUCCUUACAGAAUUCUUGAAUAGUGAAUUCUUCAAUGCUAGUGUCAAUAAAAAGUUGUUGCACUGAGCAUUUUUACCACAAGCUUAUUGUCUACUGGAAGUAUAUCCAGUAGUCCAUUAGCUGUAUUUUUGGAAUGAAAGCCCUGCAACAAGGUAUUUGUAGAUGAAGUGGCAUAUCUUGAGAAAGGUCAUAAAAAUGUUCUUUUACAAACUGAAAAUUCUAUUACAAUAUUUUUAAAAGUAUGUAAAUGCAAUUUUAUUCUGAUGCAUUGUUGGAUAUUAAUAAUGUAUUCAUACAAUUUAAGUGUGGUAACAUCCUCUCACGUAUUUCCCAAAAAUUGUUCUGGCAACGUGCUAUGAGUAAGCUUUCAAAAAAGAAACAAAAUAUGCUCUUACUCAUUUUCGUAUUGCCAACUGUCACAACAUCCGAUUUGAGUGCGACGAGCUGCGCGUCGACUACCUUUAUUAAAAAACUCUUCUGGGUGCUAAGCACUUAGCAGCAGCAGCUCAGCAAGUGAAUUUGUCUCUUGGGUGAUCGUUUCAUGAUAGAAUUCCAAGUUUGACCCAGGCUUCUGUAUAGGAAAAUUAAGGUCAUAGAUAGUAUGCAUGUAUGUUUGUAUUCCUUCACCUUGUUAAAUUUUGAUCACAGUACUAAAUGCAUUUGUUGAAGAAGAGAAAGCACCAAUGUUACAGGGUUCGUACAGUUGUUAAAAAUAUUUUUUUUUAAAGAAAUUCAUCUUAAGACUUAAUAAUUUUUAAAUUUUUACAAAUGUACCUGAAAGAUCUCUUCUAGUUUUGUGUACCAGCUCAAUGGUAUUAAAGUGUCAGAGUUGAUCGUAAAGGAAAAACUUCCUCAUGUAUACUAUGUCCAUCUUUUCUUAUUUAAAAAAAAAAAAGAUAUUGUUUUAUCCACGUGGAUGGAUGCUAUUAAAAAUUUAUAUGUUAUGAAAGGUGCUUUGUGUAUACUUAAGUAAACAUAUUUCAAAAUGUUUUUAUUUUAUGCAGAAUAACUUGGGUACUGUUCUUAUGAAAUGGUUUAAUUAUAAACUAUCAGUGAUGCAUUUUGAAAACUUGUCACCAAUGCUCAUUUUGUUGAAUUACAAUGCAUAUUUUAUCAAAUUUUGUCUUGAGCAAUUUUGAAGCUAUUUAAUGGAUAGGUACCUUUGGCACUUCACUGGAAAUUAAAUUUUAUAGUCUUUAUGCAUAUACUUUAGCAGCUCUCUUGCUAAUAUUCAAAAGUGAAACAGUCAUUUUUUUUUAGAAAUGAAUUAAUGUUUUGUUACUUAUAUUUUUUCAAAUUUAAGUGCAUCUUUUAUGCCCUUUAAAAAUUUACAAAAUCUCUUAUUAGUACUGCGUACGAACUCUGUUUAAAAAUUGGUUCAGUCAUAUUUCGUUGCUUAAGAAAGAUGCAUAACUGUGAAUUGAAAAGUUGCCUUCAGAGCCUUUGAGAGAAAAAUGGAAUGUAAGUGAUAUUGUUGAGCUGCUCGGGAAUUGUCUUCCGAGUUUCAUGUCUACCAGGAGAAAAGUUAGGGACCUAUCAGAAAUUCCAUUGGUAUGUUUUAUGCUUGAGCUUCAUUUGUAGAAUAAGCUACUUUAUUUAUUUAUAUUUAUUUUGUUUAUGUAUGUAUUUACUUGUUGAGUAAUCCAGGGUUCAUACAGGUUCUGGGGAAAUUUUUUUCCUUCAACUAUCCCCGCCCCCGGCCAAUUUUUCAAAAAGUGUUAAUUUUGCUGUUCUGACUUUUUUUUUUACAAACUAAAAGAUUGUAUCGAAAUUUCUUCAUGUUGAGCGAUUUCAAACAUAGCACGGAAUAAUUUUUAGUGGCUAACUAGGUAUUUAAUGUGUAUUUUUUUUUAUAACUGAAUAGCAAAGGAGGAUAUUAAUGAUCUAUAACAAAUAGCUUUAGAAGCUAACAUCCUAUUCAAACCAAAUCUUUGGUAAGCUGAACCCAACUGACUUUAAGCUAUCUUGAUAUAUUUUUGUUUUUAAUUUUAAAAAUGCUUAUUAUUAUUUAGAACAUCUGCAGGAGUAAUUUUCAUACAUUAAACCACUGAUUAUUCACGGGGCGGAUUAUCAGAGAGCUUUCACUUUCAAAAAAAAAAGAAUUCUGGCGAUAUAACUGAAUGUAGAUAAAUGCACACUUGGGACAUUUUUUGGACUUGCGUCCUUCUGGCUCUGAGGUUCAGAAAUGACUUUUAUGGGCCCCCUCCAUGUUGUUUGCCCUAGAUCCCUACAUAUAUUUCACCCCUUGUUUUUAAAAUAUUGGGCACCCUUCAGACUCGGGCCCGGACCAACAGGUGUCCCUUCUCCCCCCCCCUUUCCCCAUGCACACCCCUGGUUAUUGUAUCUGUUGGCGAAAAACUGAAGAAAAAUAUUAUAUUUUUUAUUACAAAAUUUUAAAAAUAUUUCUUAUAAAAACCAUUUAAAAUGAAUUACUAAUUUCGUUCAAAGGUGUCCUGCCUCUUAGGGUAACUUCAAGCAAUAUGAAAGAAGCAAUGUCAAAUGAACUAAAUAUUUUCAAUAGCAUUAGUGCAACUCUGAACAAGCAAAAUCAAGUUCUAAACGCUUAAAAACUACCCAUUUUUACAUCAUAACAUCACAAAUAUUUCUAUGAUUUAUUAUAUUGCUGAGAAUAUUAUUCUAUAGGAAAAACUUUUCAAAAAAUUAAUAUCAUUGGGAGAGUUAUUGUAACAUGGAACAUGCCAAAUUGACAAAAAAUUUCCUAUUGCUAAACAGCUGUUGCCAUUUUUGUUCCUCAUACUUCAGUUUUGUUUUUUGAUGGAACUUUUCAUCUUACUUAAUGACUUGUUCGAUUUAUUUGAUGCAUUAUUUAGUUUUUAUAUUAUUGAAUUUAAUCGUUUGGUGGGAUUUUUUCAUUCUAAUGUUUUUUUAUUGUUCAAUGGAUUGUUAUGUUUAAAGCAAAAGGUUUUAAAUUUCAGUAAUUGUGAUUUUGGCAACACUUGACAAGCAGAUAUGUGCUUUGAUUUGACCAUGGACUAAUAAUACCAUAGAGUAAAGAAAUUACACAGAGAGUUUACUAAGAAAUUGAAGCCAGAAGUUACACCGCUGUAUCCCAAGAUCCUUAGCUUCUUGCUAAAUAUUUUGAGAUACAUUUUGAUUCAAAACAUUCCAUUACUGAAUCUUGAUUGGUUGUUAAUUUAAACUUAGAUAUUGUUGCAAGUUUAUGAAGCAUGUUUUUGAAACUGCAUUAAAACAUGAAUUAAAAAGCAAACCAAUCUGCUAGCUACUUUAUUUGAUCUCUGCGAAAUAGGUGAAAACUAUUCUCACAAAGCCAUCUUGUUAUCGUAAUCCCACACAUCAUUGCACCGCUGUAUCCCAUAAUUCCUGCUUCAAUUUCAUCUCCUGUUUACCAUAGACGGGAACUCUCUAUGUUAAUUUCUUUACUUUAUGAAUAAUACAGAUAUUUGUACUAUUAUUUUGUGACUGACUAGUUCUGAGAAAAUUAGUGAAAGCAUGUUAAGUGUUCCAUGUUAUGAUAGUUCCCACAAGCCAUCAUUCAAGAGUCGACCAACAUCAAACAGUCAACGACAAAUUCCAAACAGUAACUUUGAAAUUGUUAAAUUAUACAAUCAACUGUGGCAAGCAUUGCCAACUUGUUUUGUAAAAUUGAAAAGUAGAAAACUACUAUUAACCUUGCCAGCAGAGUGCAGUGUUGUACCUUUCAUUUUCUAUUAAGGAAAAAAUAUAUUAAAUUCUGAUGCACUGAAACCUGUGUAAGUUUACCACUUGCGGUGCAGUACUUUAGUGGUCAUAUUAGGCAGGUUGUCAACUUAUAGAGAUUGAUAUAUAUGAUACAGGACUAAUUCUGUAAAUGACAAAAGUGAUGAAGUUACACAUGUGGUCAUGGGCACCCAUACGCAAAAUUGUAAGGGGGGGGGGGCGGGGGCUCAGAUAUUACCCGCAUAGUUUAGCAGAUUUUUUCCCCAUGGAAACUGAUUUCAGGACAGAUUAGAGUCAUUAAAAUUUGUCAUUUUUGAUAACUUAUUCAUUAAUGGCUGGAGAAGAAAUGUUUUUACAUUUCUUCAAAGAAAAAAAGUACUAAAAGCAAGGAAAUUCUAAUCAAGUUCAAGGAAGUUCAAGUGGAGCCUCGAGCCCCCACUUGCCCCCUAUGUGGGCGCCUAUUAUUGUGGUCAACUUACAGAGAUGUACGUAUAUGAUACAGGACUGAUUGGUGUCACUGACAUAAGUGGCCAACACAGACAAGUCGUUAACUUAACAGGUGUCAGUGUACAGUGGCCACCACUUAUAUAAAUCACGUUUGUUCUAAACAGUUUUGAUUCCAUAAAGCAUCUGAUUCAAUAAAGCUGGGUUUUAUUAUGUUUUUGACAGUUUGAUUCAUUAAAGCAGUUGAUUCAAUUAACCGGCGUCCACUGUACCAGGAGUAGUGUAUGAACCCUGAGAUUUCACCAGAGUAGGAUAUACGUUUACGGAGGCUGUAUGUUGUCAUGCAAAUAAGUUGCCAGGGCUGUCAGGGAAUGUUGCAAUGUCAGGAAACGAGGCACCGAGAGACGAUUUCGCUUUCACACUCUCGCUGCAGAAAUGACGCGAUUUUAAUCUCUCGAUGCGCGGAUGAGACUCGCAUUUCUAUAUAGUACGUGCUUUUACUCGACUCCAUCAACUGUUAUUUGCAUACUGCCUGUUUUUUCUUAAGAUUCUGAGAAAUGAAAAUAGUUUACGAGUCAUUCUCAUAGUCUGAUUUAAGAAUGAUGAAAAUGACUUUAUUGUUCUGUCUGUAAUUUAUUGUGGUAUUUCCUUCAGCUGGAAUUUUUCUAAUGAAGCAUGUUUUUUAAUAAAAAGCUUAUAAACAG